GGCGGGGUGGCCGGGCGCGCUGGGCGCGCAGGGCGGCGGCGCAAUCUUCACCAUGGCGUACCCAGGGCACCCUGGCGCCGGCGGCGGGUACUACCCAGGCGGGUACGGAGGGGCUCCCGGAGGGCCUGCGUUUCCCGGACAGACCCAGGAUCCGCUGUAUGGUUACUUUGCUGCUGUUGCUGGACAGGAUGGACAGAUUGAUGCUGAUGAGUUGCAGAGAUGUCUGACCCAGUCAGGCAUUGCUGGAGGAUACAAACCUUUUAACCUGGAGACAUGUCGGCUGAUGGUUUCAAUGCUGGAUAGAGAUCGGUCUGGCACAAUGGGAUUCAAUGAAUUUAAAGAACUCUGGGCUGUACUGAAUGGCUGGAGGCAACACUUCAUCAGUUUUGACAGCGAUAGGAGUGGCACGGUGGAUCCUCAAGAACUGCAGAAGGCCCUGACAACAAUGGGAUUUCGGUUGAAUCCCCAAACUGUGAAUUCAGUUGCAAAACGAUAUAGCACCAGCGGAAAGAUCACCUUCGAUGACUACAUCGCCUGCUGUGUCAAACUGAGGGCUCUCACAGAUAGUUUUCGACGACGGGAUACUGGUCAACAAGGUGUUGUGAAUUUCUCAUAUGAUGAUUUCAUUCAGUGCGUCAUGACGGUCUAAGUCAGGAGGAAGCCAGAAGGACGUCAGAGGAAUGAAAUCAACAUUCCAGCUUGCCUUUGCUUACUCUGCCUUCUUACAUUGCCACUUUCCCCUGACAGCUUUUGUAAUGAUGUAUUACAUUAUGCACAAUUGAAGCUUUGGUUUUAGUUUUCAUAAUAAAUUCUCUGCAAGGUUUAAGAUUAUAAGAUUAAGUCUGUUAAACUAAGUGGAACUUCCUGAAACUAUUAUCAACUAUGCCUUAUAUUCCUGCUUCAGUCUCUUUUAUAUAAACUUAACUUUGUAAAAUGUUUAACCCAUAUUACAUAUUUUUCAUUGUGAGAUAUAUAAACCUUUUAAUUAGACUGAACUGUUACCUUUCCUCUUCUAGAAUAUUAUGAAUGCAAGUUUUAUGUGUGGGUAUCUUAUAAUUGUUUCACUGGGAUGCAAAAA